AGUCCGGUGCAGGACGUGGGGCUUUUGCAGCUCAGCUGGUUCCGGCUGGGGAAGAUGGCGGUGGCUGGGGCGGUGUCCGGGGAGCCGCUGGUGCACUGGUGCACCCAGCAGUUGCGGAAGACUUUCGGCCUGGAUGUCAGCGAGGAGAUCAUUCAGUACGUUUUGUCAAUUGAGAGUGCUGAAGAGAUACGAGAAUAUGUUACUGAUCUCCUCCAGGGAAAUGAAGGCAAAAAAGGUCAAUUCAUAGAAGAACUUAUAACCAAAUGGCAAAAGAAUGAUCAGGAGUUGAUUUCUGAUCCUUUGCAGCAGUGCUUCAAAAAAGAUGAAAUUUUAGAUGGGCAGAAAUCAGGAGACCAUCUAAAGCGGGGUAGGAAGAAAGGGAGAAACAGGCAGGAAGUUCCUGCAUUUACUGAACCUGACAUGGCUGCAGAGGUUAAAACACCUUUUGAUUUGGCCAAGGCACAAGAGAACAGCAACUCCGUAAAGAAGAAGACAAAGUUUGUCAAUUUAUACACAAGAGAGGGACAGGAUAGGCUUGCAGUCCUGCUCCCUGGUCGCCACCCUUGUGAUUGCCUGGGCCAGAAGCACAAGCUCAUCAAUAACUGUCUGAUCUGUGGGCGCAUUGUCUGUGAACAAGAAGGCUCAGGCCCUUGCUUAUUCUGUGGCACUCUGGUGUGUACUCAUGAGGAACAAGAUAUUUUACAGCGUGACUCAAACAAGAGCCAGAAACUGCUAAAGAAACUCAUGUCAGGGGUGGAGAAUUCUGGAAAGGUGGACAUCUAUACCAAGGACCUUCUUCCUCAUCAAGAAUUGCGAAUUAAGUCUGGUCUGGAGAAGGCUAUCAAGCAUAAAGACAAACUGUUAGAGUUUGACAGAACUAGUAUUCGAAGGACCCAAGUCAUUGAUGAUGAGUCAGAUUACUUUGCCAGUGAUUCUAACCAAUGGUUGUCCAAACUUGAGCGGGAAACCUUGCAGAAGCGAGAGGAGGAGCUGAGAGAACUUCGACACGCCUCUCGACUUUCUAAGAAGGUCACCAUUGACUUUGCAGGAAGGAAGAUCCUGGAAGAAGAAAAUUCACUAGCAGAGUAUCAUAGCAGACUAGAUGAGACAAUACAGGCCAUUGCCAAUGGAACCUUGAACCAGCCACUGACCAAAUUGGAUAGAUCUUCUGAAGAGCCUUUGGGAGUUCUGGUAAAUCCCAACAUGUACCAGUCCCCUCCCCAGUGGGUUGACUACACAGGUGCAGCCUCACAGAAGAAGGCUUUCCGUUCUUCAGGAUUGGGACUAGAGUUCAACUCAUUUCAGCACCAGUUGCGAAUCCAGGAUCAAGAAUUUCAGGAAGGCUUUGAUGGUGGCUGGUGCCUCUCUAUACAUCAGCCCUGGGCUUCUCUGCUUGUCAGAGGGAUUAAAAGGGUGGAGGGCAGAUCCUGGUACACACCCCACAGAGGACGACUUUGGAUAGCAGCCACAGCUAAAAAACCCUCCCCUCAAGAAGUCUCAGAACUCCAGGCUACAUAUCGUCUUCUUCGUGGGAAAGAUGUGGAAUUUCCUAAUGACUAUCCGUCAGGUUGUCUUCUGGGCUGUGUGGACCUAAUUGACUGCUUGUCCCAGAAGCAAUUUAAGGAGCAGUUUCCAGACAUCAGUCAAGAAUCUGAUUCUCCAUUUGUUUUCAUCUGCAAAAAUCCUCAGGAAAUGGUUGUGAAGUUUCCUAUUAAAGGAAAUCCAAAAAUCUCAUAAGCAUCACUAUUGACUUAGAUGAGACUUUCUGUGGGAGAAAGCAAACUGCCAAACUGUUCUCAGGCCAGACAGACAGGAAUUCUCUUAAGAUUCUCCUAAUGAGAUGGAUGGUUCCUAAGGCUGCUACCACUGAGCCAAACUCUAUCCUGGUAGAUCUGAGAAGAGGUCAGAGACCACAUCAGUAAUAUACCUUUCAUUAGGGUCACCUGGGAUGGGAAGGUUGCUUGUUUUCUAAGUUUAACACUUAGAGAGUCAUAUAGCCUAUGACCUUUAACCUUCUUAGCUGGUGAUAGGGGCCCUUUGUCAGUAAAGCAUUCAUGUGGAUUCUAUUCCACUGUUGCAGGUCACUCCCCCUAUUAAGUCUGAGGCAGCAAAGGGGUUUUGAACUGCUUUUCUCACUGUGAAGAUUCAUGCAUUAUGCUCAGCCAGUUAACAGGUCAGAGGAAUGGAUUUCCUACUGUGUGAAAUGCCUUCCUUUAUUGCAUGUGUAUAUUCUUAAAAAUUUGCCUUAGCAUCAAACACCUUUAAAAAUGUGAUAUUUCUUUUCUAGUAGCUACAAAAUUAGAAAUAAUUAACUUCUUAGAUUCUUAGGACAAAUACUCAUUGUAUGCAUUUGUGUAUCCUUGUACAGUGUUCCCAUUGCUUCCUUAUUCUUACAGAAUGAAACUGAAGUUUGGAAGUGUCUGAGUCCUGAAGUAAGAUAAUUGAAAGUGACAGGAACACAGUAACCAGAAGACCUGGGAGGCUACAAAAGAUUUGCAUUGCAAAUACAAAAAUAAAUAAUGAGACUUCUUUUUCUCCCUUACAGGGAAAUUGGAUUCCAAGAUCCAUCAAGGAGCAAAGAAGGGGUUAAUGAAGCAGAAUAAAGCUGUCUGACCCAGGAGAAAAGGAACUAUACAGCAUAGUGGAGUUUUGUGUACUAAAAUUGCUAUCUACUGGUCCUUUGGAAUUGAAGUAGUAGAAACCUAAAGGCUUGGCAUCAGGCUUGAAUAUCUCAGAACUUAAACUCUUACCAAAAUCUGUAUAUUUUUGUUAAGGAGUGGGAUUCCUACUUUAUGUAAUGGGUCAAAAUCUUUGAAUACAUUAUUUAUAAAAACCUGUUUAAAAAU